GCCGGGGCUAUGCGGUUCCGGCAGCUGCUGCGGGCGCUGCGCGGCGGCGGCCGGGCGCGGGUGGCUGUGGCGGGGCGACGGGGGCUGCUGUCGGCGCCGGGCUCGGCCGCGUCCUGGAGCAAAGUGGUGUCGGAGGCCGAGAAGCUGGUGGGCUACCCCACCUCCUUCCUCAGCCUGCGCUGCCUCCUCAGCGACGAGCUCAGCAACGUCGCACUGCAGGUCCGCAAGCUGGUGGGCACCAAGCACCCGCUGCUCAGCACCGCCCGGGAGUUUGUGUAUGAUAACCAGAAUAACCUACAGAUGCGAGGGUUGGUUGUACUGCUCAUUUCCAAAGCAGCUGGGCCCAGCAGCAAAGUGGAACUUUCUUCCCAGCCUGACAUGGUUAGCGGAAUUUAUUCAAGUCAAAGAAGUCUGGCAGAGAUUACAGAGCUGAUCCAUACUGCUUUUCUUGUGCAUCGUGGGAUAGUAAACAUUGGUGAGCUGAAGUCCUGUGAUGGACCAAUGAAGGACAUGCAGUUUGGAAAUAAAAUGGCUGUCCUGAGUGGAGACUUCCUUCUAGCAAAUGCUUGCACAAGCCUUGCUCAGUUGCAGAAUACCAAGCACAGACUGUUCCAAGAUGAAAUUGAGGCCAACAAUUUGGUUGUGGAGCUCAUAUCAAGUGCAAUUGGUGACUUGGUACAAGGAAUAUACUAUGAAAAUUCCACCUUAGAGGAGACCCGUCUUACAGAUGAUAUUGGAAUAUCAACUUGGACAGAACAGAUUUUCCUAUCCCAUAGUGCCUUGCUGGCAAAGAGCUGUAAGGCUGCAAUGGAAUUGGCAAAGCAUGAUGCAGAGAUCCAGAAGAUGGCAUUUCACUAUGGAAAGCACAUGUCUAUGAGUCAUAAGAUACACCUGGACCUUCAGCCAUUUAUUAAAGGAAAUUCUACUGACUCUGUGACCUUCAGUUUAAAUUCUGCUCCUGCAGUCCUGCAUCAGGAGUUCCUUGGAAGGGAGGCAUGGAUUAAGCAGAUUAGAGAGGCACAAGGUGCAGGGAGUAUAUUGGACUACACGAAGUUGCAAGAAGCAAUCAAGGCUGGCAAAGGUGUGACUUCAGCUAUUGACCUAUGUCGUUACCAUGGAAACAGAGCACUGGAGGCCCUGGAAUGCUUCCCUCCCUCCGAGGCCAGAUCGGCUUUAGAAAACAUUGUUUAUGCUGUGACCAGAUUUUCAUGACUUACAAUUCAAAAAAAAAAAACCAAAAAGAAAAAAACUAUUGUUUAUUUGCAGGAAAUAACUGGACAUGCACUGGUUAGGGGUAAGGGAAAUAUAUCCUGUGCUGCUAAAGAUCUAAAUGUGUUGGUUGCUUAAUAUAUUUUUUUCAUUUACCACAUCGUUGAAUGAACAUGCAUCUUUUGGAACUGCUACAAACAAAAUUAGGGAAAAAAGGUCAAACAGUUUUCACUUGUCAUGCCAGAAAAUCACUUGAGGCUGUACCAGUAGAAAUAAUUAAUGAGACUUGCUUCUGUGACCUCAGCAAAUGGACAGGAAAUAAGUCCUUAUUGAUUGGACAUAGCCAGGGAUGGCGCCAGUGUGGUGGCCUGUGGUUUUCCUGCACUAGAGAGGACAGAGGGGGGCGUGAAGCUGCAGGUGUCAGGAGAAACACUUUCUAAACCUGCCACCGAGAAAGAGCGAGCUGUUUAAGUCAAGAAUGAAUGUACCAAUUUAUCAACACGAAGGGCAGUUCAGUGAAUUAAUAGGGAAAAAUCCUUUUAUCUGUGUACAUGCAGUCAUGUCUCCUCACACUGUUUUUAUGUAUUUAAAUGUAAAAUUACUCUGUGCCUAAUGCUUUCAAUAUUUGAGAAACUUGCUGAGAAAAUGUGUCAAGCAUGGUAAGUAGGAGCUUUAAAAUAUUUAAUCAAAUAUUAAUUUGGCUCUGUUAAGAGAAGUGGUUGCCUGUGUUUUAUACUGUGUGUAUAAAAUAUUUUGCUCUUGCUCAGAGUGACAUUUUUUCAACUCUUACAGAAAAAUAAUCUUUCCCUCAGAUCAAGGAAUUUGUUUCAAGACAAUCCUACACUAAAUAAUUUCCUAGAUUUGUGAGACACUUUUUUAUUUGAGUCAGAUAAAUGUUCAUUUGUACUGUUCAGCAUCAAUCUUUUGGCAGAAAGGAAUGAGGAAUAUUUGUCUGAGUACAGUUUUUCACUUUUCUGAAUAAAUGCGUAAUACAUAAAGUUUUUUUAACCUUAGCGUGUCAAAUUUUAAAGUCCAAUUACGGAAAGAGUAUAAGGUAUAUCAGAAGCCUGCAAUUUGACUCUGUCUCUAUUUUGUUCAUAGGAGAUGAUUUUUGUGGUUUGCAUGCAUGCAAUUUGAGAACAUCGUUGACAAGAAGGCUGAGUUUACAUAAAUGAUCUAGAUUGAGACUCAGCUACCUUUCUUCCUUCUGUGGUGUAAUUACAGCCCAAUCUGGAGACAGCUAGCACAGCAAACAGAUUUCAUUACAUCGCUCACUCAAACACUAAGUGGAGUUAUUUCUGUUAAAUUCUUCCAAAAAAAAAAAAAAAGUGUCACAGAGCCUCUUUAUCAUGGACCAGCAUGUUGCAUUUAACUAAAUGGAAAACAAGGAGCUUAUACAUAUAUGAAAGCAUUGUCUAUAUGUAAUAUAUACAUAUACUUAAAAUACCAGUGUGCUUGCUCAGGUUUCUACAAGUGCAAGUCCAAUGCCUUUGAGAGCGAACUGAUUUCUUAAAUAAUUUUAUUUUGUUCCUAGACUCAGUUGCUACUUUACCAAAGUUCAGUUAAUUAUUAGCUCUUCAGGUGUGUAUUAGAUAAGACUUUUGUUUUAAAUCACAUUUGCAAAUGUCAUAUUUUAGUUUUUUCCUUGCACUAGACCUAUCCCCCUAAUACUUCAUGGCAAUGUAGGGCCUGUGCAGAGGUGCUAAGCCAUUUCAACUAAUGACACUAAAGCAUGAAGUACAGUCACCAUGUUGCAGGUUUGCACCAGUACUAUAGAUUUAAUAAACAUACGACUUUUUUCAGUACUCCUUACAAAGACAGAUCAGCAAAACUAAAUGGUAGUAAUAUUGUACUUUUUGAAUGCUGUGACUUCCUUAAAAUAUUCUGUGCCCUUGACAAAUUGCUGAAAAGGAACUGAUUUUCUAACAAUGCUUUUAUAAAAUUUAGUUUUGUUUGGGGUUGGAUCUUUGAAAGCAACACUGGAAUUACAGGGAAAGUGUUUUGCUGAUGAUCCCCAUGGCCAAAAUAAUCUCUGCUGAGAAUUAACAAGCUUUUUAAUCUUUGCUAUCUUUCUCUUUGAUAUUUUCUUCCCACCCACAUCUCACAUAAGCCCCUUCUUAAACUGUCAUUCUUUUCCUGUAGAGAGCCAAGGAAGUAUAGCUUCCUCCACUGCUCUAGUCAGCAUCAUCCCUUGUGUGGUUAGUGUGAUCAGUACAGAGCAGCAUAACACUCCAGCACAUUUUGGGUGCUGUAUAAUAAAUGCAUAGGAACAAAUUACUCCAUAUGCUAUACUUCCAGACCAGGAAGAGAAAAUAAAUUUCAGUCGCUUGCUGUCCUUGUCAGUUUCCACACUUCAUAAUACCAGAAUGUAGAAUGAGCAGCUAUUGUUGAAACGGAAGAUGAAGGAAAGGGCAAAGCUGUGGAUAUAAGCCCUCUACUCUGCUCACCUUCCUCACCUUCAAUUUCUGGAGGCACUCUGGUAUCAGAAUUGGGGCCCUUGUUUGUUUAUUUCUGCAUCUGCUUUUUCUGCUCUCUGCUAUCUCUGAGUCUGUCUCAGAAAUCUGCGCUUGUUACACUAAAUCAGGAGAUACGAACACAGUAGUUAAAUUGACUGGGCCGCAGUUUCGCUGUGUGAUCCAGGUAACUUCUAGGCUUUUGUUUCUCCAUCUGUAAAAUGGAAAUAAUACUUACUUCCUGGAAGGGAAAGUUGCGAAACUUAAUUUAUUAAUGUUUUAAAUACUGUAAUAUCUUCAGAUGGAAGUUAACAGAAUUAGAAAGUUAUCAUUCCAUCGGAAUCAUAAAAUAACUCUCCUUUGGGGAGGCUGGGAGCCCCCCUUUUCUACCUCUGGGGGAGGAGGAGGAGGAUGGGGACUGCAGAUUCUGUCUGCCCCCUAACCCCUCACCCUUUGAGAUGGAUGUUAAAGUAGGAUCUUUUUCUCCUGAUAUGUUUCCUUCUUUUCUUGAUUUGAUUUCUGAAACACACUACCCAUGGCUCUCAGCUGCAUAUGUACCCUUAGUCUACUUCUGUGCCUAAAAUCAGUAAAAGGGAGUGAAUCUAUUUCAAAAGUCUUCCCCUGAAUUAAGUUUAAACCAAGAAAUCAGACUACAAAUGCAAUGCUAAUGGUAUUGUUUUGGGGGGGGGUGGGGAGGGGCAAGAUUGCAUGCAUGCUCAUAAAUGCAAAAUUCAGCAGAUAAUUGUGCUACCCUGGAUUUGUCAAGAGACAAACUACUGGGUCAGAUCACCAGUUACUACCUUUGCUCCUCAGUUAAUGCAAGCUCAGAAAGAAGUAAGGUAUCAAACUCAUUUUAUUUUUCAUUAGUGUCUAAUAAAAACACAGAGUGAAGACCUUGCAGUGACUCAGUCAGCAGACAGCUCAAAGACAGAAACAUUCAAAUUGUCUUGGGAGUAGUUCUGCAGUAGGAUCUGAUGCAUUCAUUAAAAUAAACCAUUGCUUUAUCUUUUCCUCAGUUGUAAGCCACCCAACAGUUACAGGCUAUUCCAUGUGAAUAAAUCUGGUACUGUAACUGUCCUUAUUUUCCUUCCAAAAUCAUCUAGAACAGGGCUGUCCAACUGGCAGUCCAUGGACUGCAUCCAGCUUGCAAGGGGUUAAUAUGUGACUUGUCACCCAGCUGCCCAUCCCCACUUCCCCCAUUGCUUCUGCUGUGGUGGCCAGGGUCUCUAGGACAGGGAAGUAUGGCAGGAGAUGACAUGGGGAGCACACUGUCCAUGCAGCAGGAGGCUUCAUUGUCCGUAAAGUGGGAAGAAAGUCAGAAGGCCUGUGCGAAGCAGCAGGUAUUCGAUUCAGCUUUGGAUUCGGCUGAUUUGGAGGGACAGUGAUUCAAUUCAGUGAUUUGAAUCACUGGGCAAUUCGAUUCGGCCAAUUUGGAUUCAGAGAUUCAGCUGCCAAAUCGGGCCGACUCUUCUCAGAAUCAAACAGGCGGCAGUGGUGGCGGCAGUGGUGGUGGCAGGGGCAUGGCAACGGCAAGCAGGGCCCCAUUCCCCACCUGGUCCCAGCGUCCUGGCACUUGUUUUUUGGUUUUAGGUUUUGUGUUUUUGUUUUUUUUAAAGCCCCGCACUCACCGGCUACAGCAGUGGCAGUCGGGGCCUCUGGGGACUCGUGGCAGAGCCCCCCUUCCCACACAGACCAGCAGGGAUCAGGCCCUUCCUGCCUGGCACCCACAUGGCAGCUGUCAUGUUGUAAGGGUGCAGCGCGGCUCGAUGGGUGCCGUGGGGCUGCGCAGACUGGGAGAGCCGGGGCUGCUCGGGCUGAGUGCUGCCGGGUUCUGAGUGACUGCUGGAGCUGCCAUGGCUCCGGGAUGGUGCGCGC